CCGGCAGGCGGCGCUGUGACCAACCCGCAGCUACAACAACACUGGCCGCCAUUUCCGUGAGUCGGCUGCUCGGUCUGCUCUGUUCUCAUCAUCGACAUUAUUAUUGUUGUUGUUAUUAUUGUUAUUAUCACCUUUUGUUCCCAUCAAACUACAAACUGAUCGCGUGUUUCGUUACCUGAGCGCGAGGCGGGAACACGUCAUCGCGGCUGUCAUGGCUACCGACCGUCGCGAGGACAAAGAUGGAGAACUGAAUGUUCUGGAAGAUAUUCUGACUGAAGCUCCGGAUCAGGACGAUGAGCUGUACAACCCCGAGACAGAACGAGCCGUCAGCGACAAGAAAGGGACAAAGAGGAAGAGUGAACGCUCUGACAGCCAGGAUUUGAAGAGGCUCCGCCCCUCCACGGGCCACGCCCCCUCUCGGUCCUCCUCCACCAAUAAAAGAACCCCUGGUCCUCCUCUCUCCUCCUCCAAGAAGGUGGCGUCCAGCCCACGGACUCGCCAUGCCGCCGCCAGCUACCGCCACGAAUACUAUGAGGAGCGAAAGGGGCGGCGAGGGGCCCGAGAGGCGCCACGGAGCCGCGGAGGAGAUGACGUCCGCCGCCGGGACGCUCCCAGAGGACUGGAGGUCCUGAGCCAGAAGCUGCGGCGGGCAAGCCCCUCCCCCCACGAAGAGGACAACCAAUCAGAGGGCGAGGCAGCAGAGUACGGGUCAGAGGCAGGGUCAGGAAGCUCCUCUCCCGCUGUGUCCCACGAGGAGGAGGAGGAUCACGAGGAGGAGGAAGAGGAGGAGGAAGAGGAGGGCAUGGAUGAAGAGGAGGAAGAAGAGGAGGAGGAGGAGGAAGGAGAGAAGGAUGAGGAGGACGAGGAGGAGGAGGAGGAGUACGAGCGCCGCGGCGGCGAAGGAAACGACUAUGACACUCGCAGCGAGGCCGGGGACUCGCGAUCCGCCUCCUCCGUCAGCUUCUCUGACGACGGCGAGUCGGUGCACUCGGGCUCCGCCUCCGAGGCCUCAGGGUCGGAGAAGAAGCAGGAGAAGCUGUCGUCGUCAGUCCGUGCGGUCCGCAAAGGCCUGGAGAAUCCCACCAGCAAGCUGCGCUACAUCCUGCGAGACGCUCGGUUCUUCCUCAUCAAGAGCAACAACCACGAGAAUGUGUCUCUGGCCAAGGCCAAGGGCGUGUGGUCAACGCUGCCCGUCAACGAGAAGAAGCUGAACACGGCGUUCCGCUCGGCGCGGAGCGUGGUCCUCGUCUUCUCCGUGAGGGAGAGCGGAAAGUUCCAAGGUUUUGCUCGCUUGGCGUCCGAGUCUCAUCACGGUGGCUCUCCGAUCCACUGGGUGCUUCCUGCCGGCAUGAACGCCAAGAUGCUGGGCGGGGUCUUCAAGAUCGACUGGCUCUGCAGGCGGGAGCUUCCCUUCACCAAGACGGCUCAUCUGUCCAACCCGUGGAACGAACACAAGCCGGUCAAGAUCGGACGUGACGGACAGGAGAUUCAGCCGGACAUCGGCGCUCAGCUCUGCGCUCUGUUCCCAUUGGAUGAGAGUGUGGACGUCCACCAGGUGGCUCGCCGCGUUCGCCAUAAGCGUCGGACGCCGUCGGAGCCGCGGCCUCGGGGCCGACCACCGCAGCGUGAACCGGGAAGGCGUCGUCCUGAAGAGUACGACCUUCACGGCAGGAAGCGGCCGCGAGCGGACGGUCCGCCCGACUUCAACCAGCGAGCAGGCUUCAUCCAGGACCUCCGUAACCAGCCGGUGGACAGACGAUUCUCCAACGUGAGACGAGACGUUUUCCUCAACGGGUCCUAUAACGACUACAUGAGGGACUAUCACCACAGCGUGGGGCCUCCUGCUCCCUGGCAGACUUUGGCGGCGUACCCCGGCGUGGAGCAGCAGCCCCCCCACCACCCCCCCUACUACCACCACAGCCACCCCCCGCCCCCCCCUCACCAAGCCUACCACCACCACCACCACCCCCCCCUGCCGCCACAUGAGGCUCCGCCCCCUCGCUUCAGAGACAAGCAGCGUGCACCGCAACACCGCGCCUUCACGUCUAGCCCGCACGACUACGACAUGCGUGUGGACGACUUCCUGCGGCGAACGCAGGCGGUAGUGAGCAGCCGGCGUGAGCGCGAGCGACAGCGAGAACGAGAGCGUGGCGGACCCCGCCGCGAGAGGGAGCGAGAUCGAGCAAGGGACAGAGACAGAGAGAGGGAGAGGGACAAGGAGAGGGGGCGGUACCGCAGGUGAACCGAUGAUGUCACAUCCUGUCAGCAUGCAGGGGCUUUUUAUUCUGACAGUCAGCUGUGUUUCCUUUUGUUUUUUGUUUUUGUUGUUUGUUUUUUUAAUUAUGAAUAAAAAACAAGACAAGCUUCGUGAUGACAUCACUUUUUAUGUAAAUAAAACCUAAAAAAUAAAAGCCUGGUGAGUUCUGUCAAGCCUUUUAUUUUGAUGGUCCUGUGAAAAGGGAAGUGACAUCAUAGCACAGUGACACAUCUCCUUCACUUUGUUUCCAAGAAACCUCUGAGGAUCAAUCAUUGCUUCUUUUAUUUUGAAAAUGUUGACAUUUUUCUGUAAAA